AUGAAAUUUUUAUCCUUGUCUUUAUUGUCCGUGUCUGCACUUUCCGCCUUUGUUCAAGCCGGCCCAUUAGCUGCCAUGGACCAACUGCGCAUGUUCACUUCUUCUGAACCUGAACUUCGUCUUAUUCAAUACGGUGAGGACACGCCUCCCAAGUGGAUGACGGAAUCUGAUAAGGAAGCUUUAUUCCGUGCUGGUGUUAAAUACAUGGAUAUCACAGACUUUCCUCAUCCUCCCGUCACUAGCCUCAGCACUGCCUGGACUCCAUAUAUUCCCACCAAGGCAGAGUUCCAAGAUGAGGUCACACCUUUCAUUGGUAAUCUCACCACAGAUACCAUGAAGGAGGUAUUGACUGAAUUAACAAGUUUCCGUAACCGUUAUUAUAAAUCUUCUUAUGGCGCCAAAUCAUGUCGUUGGUUGAUCCAGCAAAUCAGAGACGUCGCUGACGGCUUUGAUCAUGUGUCUGUCACCGAAUUCGAGCAUUCCUGGGAUCAAUUCUCCAUUGUCGCUCGCUUCGAAGGUUCCAACAAGGACCUCAAGAAUGAAUUGGUAAUUGUCGGUGCACAUCAAGAUUCUGUGAAUAUGUGGUUGCCUAGCUUUGGCCGCUCUCCCGGUGCCGAUGAUGAUGGCAGUGGCACCGUGACCAUUUUCGAAGCAUUCCGUAGUUUGGUUCAUAACGGAUUCCAACCCGAAAGACCUGUCGAAUUCCAUUGGUAUAGUGGCGAGGAGGCAGGUUUAUUGGGCAGUCAGGCGGUUUCCAAUGCCUACAAGGAAGAAGGCAAGCAUGUGGUUGCUAUGUUACAAAACGAUAUGACAGGCUAUAUCGGCGCCAACGGAGAGGUGAUUGGCAUUGUUACUGACCAUGUAGAUGAAAAGCUGACCGACUUCCUCAAGAACUUGGUGGAUAAUUAUGCGGAUAUCCCUUACACUUUAACCAAAUGUGGUUAUGCCUGUAGUGAUCAUGCUUCAUGGCGUAAAGUCGGUUUCCCAUCCGCCUUCACCAUCGAAAGUGCCUUUGAUGAUUCCAAUCAUUUCAUUCAUACCACCGGUGAUACUAUCGAUAAGCUCUCCUUUGAUCACAUGAAGGAGUUCUCCAAGGUUGCCAUUGGUUUUGCUGUUGAAUUGUCCCACGUCCGCGAUUAA